AGUCGUCAUUUUUCUCUAAGCUCUUUUCAUCGUCAAAAGCCAUUUUAAAUUACUUAAACAUUAUUUGAACAAUUAGGAACCAUUGCAUUAACAAAACAAACUUUUCGAUUACCAAUUCAGAACUGAUUAUUUUGAACGGCAGCAUAAAAUUCGUGUCCGAUGUUAAUAGCAUUAAUACAAAUGUUAGAGUUUUGGGGUGCCCAACCACAACGAAAUCGAAACGAAAAAAAAUAAAUUGCCCAUUUGAUUAAUAAAAUAUUUAAUUGCAAUUAUUGCGCGGACAAUCGAACGCAAUGUCGAGCUUACAACGUACAAUGCUUAAAUCCAAGCUGCCGCCCACAAUUCCGGGCGGUCGCAUUGGCCGAGCGGAUUCGUUUAAAAAGUCACGUAUUAGGGAUUACAAGCCGUGCAUGUGGAACGAGUUCUUUGCCGAGAAGGAAGACGUUGUCGUCGACGAGCAGCGCACAUUUCGCGUCUAUCGGACAAAAAAGCCAGAGAAAUCGGGCCCCGUUUUAUUGUUAUUACACGGCGGAGGUUAUUCGGCACUCACCUGGGCUCACUUUUGUUCAGAGGUCACGAGCAUGAUACACUGUCAGUGCCUGUGCAUCGAUCUACGUGGACAUGGUGACACCAAAGUGGAUGACGAGGAUGACUUGUCGGAAAUUACGCUGUCCAAGGAUAUUGGCGAUUUGUUAGUUAAACUCUAUCCCGAGGAGGUGCCUCAGAUCUAUGUGGUUGGCCACUCGAUGGGUGGUGCUAUUGCUGUGCAUUUCGCACACAUGGCUCUGGCGCCAAGUCUAAUUGGCAUCACAGUCAUCGAUGUCGUUGAGGGAACUGCCAUGGAAGCUUUGGCCAGCAUGCAGAGCUUCUUGCGCUCGCGUCCCAAGUACUUUCAGAGCAUACCGAAUGCCAUCGAAUGGUGCAUACGAAGUGGACAGGUGCGCAACGUGGAUAGUGCCAAAGUCUCAAUGCCUGGCCAAAUAAUCAACUGUACAACGAAUCAACUGGCAACGAACGAUCUUCCACUGCCCGAAGAGGUGCUCGAGGAGGCUCAUCACACAAGCAUGUUUCCCAAUGCGUUUAGCAUUUCUGAGGAUGAGGAGGUGGGCAAUGGCGGCGAGGAGGGCGCCGAGGGUACCGAAUUCAAGAAGCCCAUAACAACCAAGGCUGCAAUGGAGGCGGCCAAGAAUUACACGUGGCGCAUCGAUCUGGCCAAAUCGGAGAAGUAUUGGGUCGGCUGGUUUUCGGGCCUGAGCGACAAGUUCCUCAACUUGCGAUUGCCGAAGCAGUUGCUACUGGCCAGCAUUGAUGGACUGGAUCGAACACUCACCGUUGGCCAGAUGCAGGGCCGUUUCCAGAUGCAAGUCUUGGCCCGAUGCGGUCAUGCCGUACACGAGGACCGUCCACACGAGGUGGCUGAGGUGAUCAGCGGCUAUUUAAUACGCAAUCGUUUCGCUGAGGCAGCUGGCGAGUUUCGCUGCCACAUGCCAUCCUGUUAAGCGACGUCCCUGUACAGUACAGUAGCACAAAACAAAAUCUCUAUUUUUAAAAGGAGCAUUACAGAUCCAUAUACAUGUAGUAUAUAUUUAUAUAUACAUAUAUAUAUCGAUAUCUAUACACUGCAACAAUAGUGCAUAGAGAAGAACAAAAGAUAUAUACCCUAGCCGUAUUAUCUAUAUACAUAUAUAAAUAUAAUCCAAUUAUUUAUUCGAUUACUUCAACAAAUCCAUAUGUAUUUUCGACUAAUUGUAGUUUUCACUCGUUUUGCCAAAUUUCAUGUCGAAACACAAAGAGUACACCGAAUACUCGUAAUUGCUUUGCGUUGUGCUUCUUAAAUUGUUGGAAUGCUUCGUGCGUUUUGUGUGUAUUAAAUAUGUGCCAGAUACAAAAUUAUAUAUAUAUAUAUAUAUAUAUAUAUAAUUAUAUAUUAUUAUAUUAUCAAGCGAAUAAGUUAAAUAAAGUGCUAAAUUAUUACACACUAA